CUCUAGACUUCGCAGAGAAUAGUCGUGUCCAAGUAACUAGAGUACUACAGCACCAAUCGCAGUGUACAUUUCGUCAUAACAACAUUGUGAUAGUGACAAAAAAUUUUUCGGAACGUGAAAAGUGGGAGUGUUUAUAACAUUAUUAAUUUUGAACUAUUUUCAUAAUAAACUACGCCGUGAACAGUUUUGUGCAUUUCGCUAUUUGUGAAUUAUGACAUUGUUCCCACUAUUUGGAUAAUUCCGGAUAAGGAGCUGAUAAUUACCGCAAAUAUUUUCAACCACAGCGAGGAUCCUUGCGGGCCAGGCGUCGUCCGCCGCAAUAUGGUCGCCGAAUUCAUCCUGAGCCAGCAGCAGCUGCUAGGCGCUGGAGGCGUGGGACCCGCUCCCUCGCCUCAGCGCGUACCGCCGCCACCGCGCGCGCGCCUUUCCGUAUCCCCGCACUUCCCGCUGGACCAGCCGCCAUCCAACGGACCGCCCGGGGAUCCCCACGAUUACCCUUCCAAUUACGACUUCAAGCGUAAGGAGUUCUUCGGUCAGCGCAAGCAGCGCGAAUUUAUCCCCGACAGUAAAAAAGACGACGGCUACUGGGAUCGCAGGCGCCGCAACAAUGAGGCAGCCAAGCGCUCACGCGAAAAGCGCCGCUUUAACGACAUGGUGCUUGAGCAGAGAGUCGUUGAACUCUCCAAGGAGAACCACGUUUUAAAGGCUCAGCUCGACGCCAUCAAGGAGAAAUACGGCAUCUGCGGCGACAACCUCAUCAGCAUCGACCAAGUGCUCGCCACGCUUCCCACCUGCGACCAGGUGCUGUGCGGCUCCAAGCGCACCAAGCUGUCGACCGGCGGGCUUUUCCCGCCCGCGCCACCACCGCCACCGCCUGCACCGCCAGCCUCUCCGCCCUCCCCGCCGCCACAGCGCGCGCCGGAGCCCUACCAGGAGAGACUUCCAGCGCCAGAGGCAUACUAUCCCCACCCAGCACACUACGAGCCGCCCGGCUCCGUUCUUAACCUGUCGCGGACGCGCCGCGCCCUCUCACCUUACGAGCUCUCCUCGCUGUCGGGCUCCGGCGACGAGACGACGGAGCAGUACGCACCCGAGAACAACGGUCUCCCUCUUAAACUGCGCCACAAAACCCACCUGGGCGACAAGGAUGUGGCUAGUGCCCUGCUGUCCCUUCAACACAUCAAACAGGAGCCGGGGCCCCGCUCCUCGCCUUCCUGGGACGGCGAGGGCUCCAGCGACGAGAGGGACUCUGGCAUCUCGCUCGGAGUUGACUACAGGCCGCAACGGCCCGAUGACAGGCUCAUCGAAGAGGAGGAUGCCCACCUCAAGGCAGAGCUCGCACGACUGGCCACUGAGGUGGCGACGCUCAAGAACAUGAUGCAUCAGAACAAGGCGCGUGCGCACGAGCAUUGAGCGCACCCGCUUGCGCCGCCGGCGCCGCCGCCCCGCAACACGUCUCCCCUCACAUGUAGACGAAGUUACCAUGUUGUAAAGAGAUGAUUUAUAUUUGUAUGAUAUGCGCAGCUGUACGCGACAAAGUCGCAUCGCCCAUUUAUAAUCCUUCCUAGUAGUUGUAUGUGUCGGUG